AUGCCGAGAAGAAGAAGAAGAGUAAAAGAUGUUAAUCGUCCGGACCUCCACAUUGCUAAUUAUCUUGAUCAUCUUAACUAUGGUUCUCGAAUGUUGCAAUGUGACCACUAUAUGCCGCCGGAUCGGUACAAUCCAAUAGUGGAAGGGUAUUUACGGGACACAGACUUUUAUCAUGUUUCACAGAUUGGAGUUGUCCAAUGCCAGUCGGCAUUGGUUAAUGCUCUGGUCGAGAGAUGGCGCCCUGAAACACACACGUUCCACUUUCCGGUUGGUGAGUGUGCCGUGACACUGGAGGAUGUGGCUUUAAUUCUUGGUCUGCCGACGAAUGAUUUGCCAGUUACGGGACCGACACUGAGCAGUUAUGAGGCUUUAGAGACUGAAUGCCUGGACCAGUUUGGUGUUGCACCUAUGAAGUCAGACUGCAGGGGAAGUUUCAUCAAGGGUGCACUAGAAGUUUCUGCCGUUACUCGUAACUUUGGGGGGAUCAUACAGUUCAGCUGGGGAUCGGCCUGCCUGGCACACCUGUAUAGAUCAUUGUGUAGAGCAACUCGGGUCGACUGUAAGGAGAUUGAUGGUCCGCUGACACUGUUGCUUGCCUGGGCUUGGAUCCAUCUACCAUUCAUUGCGCCAAUUCCAAGCAAUCCUCAAAUCUUUCCGAUUGCAAAUAGGUAA